AAAUAAAGCUAGCCCGCAGUUGUUCCCAUAACAAACCGCGCCUCCUAGAUAAAGGGCAAAGCUAAGGGUAAAUUUUAAAUUUGAAGAAGUGAAGGAGAAAAGGAUCGGAGUAAUUAAAAAGUUGUCAAAAGCUGACAGCACCGCUAGCUCGGCCUGAACCCCACUACCAACCAUUCUUACAUUUAUUUGUCCUUUCCCCUCAUCAUUCAAAUACCACAUUUUCUCAAUAUCACACUAUUCAUCAUCAUCAUCAUCAGCAUCAUCUCUCUCUCUCUCUCUCUCGAUCGAUCUCUUGCUGCAACAAGUAGAAGCUUUUUAUGGUAGCUAAGCUAGGUAGCUACCAGUACCAUCCCGAUCUACUUCUUUAUACUCAGAACAACACAAACUAGCUAGCCGAUGGCUGCCGUGUUGUUUCUACUGCUGACAUUGUUGGCCAUUACUGGGAAUUCAAGGGGUGGGAGUGGAAGUGGUGGGUGUUGGUGUGUGUGCAAGGAGGGACUGAGCGAUGGAGUGCUGCAGAAGACACUGGACUACGCGUGCGGAGCGGGGGCAGACUGCAGGGCAAUCCAUCAGAACGGGGCAUGCUUCACCCCUAACACUGUCAAGGCUCACUGCACCUAUGCCGUCAACAGCUACUUCCAGAAGAAAGCUCAAGCUCCCGGCACCUGUGAUUUCUCUUCCACUGCCCAAGUUGUUUCCACUGACCCCAGCAGCCAUAUGGGAACUGCUACCACUUGCUCCUAUCCUUCUAGCCAGAGUGCUGCAAGCUCGGGCACCACAGCGACUCCCCUGACACCAGCUACACCCUCAACGGGCACAACCCCUUCCACCACCACCCCGGGCGGCGCCACCCCCACCGGCACUACUCCGAAUUACAACGCAACACCAACUUCCGGUACUGGUAGCGGAGGAGUAAUAGGAGGAGGGAUGGGGGGGACAAAUAUGGGGCCCUCUGGAGUGGGCAUCAACACAAACACAGACUACAGCGGUGGGCUUAGCCGUAUGCUUCGUUAUCAUCAAGGCAGCAGUAGUUUCUUCUUCUUCCUCAUCAGCUGUUUGGUGCUACUGCCUCUUCUUUAAUUAAAUUUCAGGCAUGCACUCUGCCUAUAUAUAUAUAUAUAUAUAUAUAUAUAUGCAUGUAUGAGCUGCAUGCAUGCUCGUGGACAUAUCAGAGAGAGAGAGAGAGAGAGAGAGGGGUAGGUAUGCACGCACGUGACAAGGCUAGUGUGCACGUGCAUGGUAGUUUAAUUAAUUAAUUAGUAGAUGCGUGGUUUGCUGUAUAAUUUCAAUUAAUGACCCUAUUUAAUUUAAAAAUCCAGCUUGAUGAGGCAA